AUGCCUUCUACGACACCCUCGCCCCAAGUAAAACCCUCGUCGCUCCGCCUGCUUAUCCUCUCUCCAAGCACUGGCCCCAGCUUUUCACCGUCAACAUCAGCGUCAGAGUCAGCGUCAGCGCCAGGUUCAGCGCCACACUCGAUACCUACGCUACCUCUGUUUCCAGCCUUUCUCGAAGCAAUCACUGGGUCCCGGCCCUCCGCCGACGUGACCACUUUUUCAGGCUACACUUCGCACCCACCAUUACGGUUGACGACGAAAUACUACGCCCGCGACGUGGGGAUAUGGUGCGACGAGUUACCUUUGCCGACGGCACGAUCUAGAGGUGCGCCUCCCGCACAAAUAUCGCUCCCACCGAGCGAUAGUAAUCAGCUCGAAUCGGAUCCUCGGAGCAAGGACGGGAGCCAACGCCAAUUCAGCCAGGGCGACAACACAAGCAAAGGCUCAGGCACAGGCACAGACACAAACACCGAGUCGAUAACCCCAGAACCAACCCUCCAGGACUGGACACUUCAGAUCCUCUCCCCCGCGGCACGAGAAGUCCGCGCGGUGAUAGCCGGGAUCGUCCUCCUCCUACCGAUUUCCUCUACAUCUACCUCUGCCCCUGUCACAUCCGCAACGCGAGCAUCAGGCUCAGCUUCACACGAAUUGGAUCAAGACCACGACCGGGAUCCCUUCAUCAAGCUCAUCCAAACAGCACACACACUCCGCGAAGCCAUCGAGGACGACUCCCCUGGCAGGGAUAUCGCUUCCCUGGUCGUGCUGCAGCAGGCUUCUGCCCCUCCUUCUUCAUCAUCUUUUUGUUCUUCGAGCGCGACGAGAAGGACGACUCCCGAGCGAGAUGGACUCCUCGAGCAGCUCGAAGAGCGAUGUCUCUCCAUGGGAUAUCUAGGAUGGGAGUUCGUAGCGUGGGACGGCCGAGAAGUCCAGCACAACGAAGCGGACCAAGGCCAAGACCAAGAACAAGCUGAGAGGAACGUAUAUGGAGAGAAGACAGGACUCCCGCGCGUGCUUGAAGUUCUGCAGUCGGUGGAUUGGUCGGCUGAGCCGGAUCACAGUGACGACCUCGACGACUUUGAUUUCGAUGACGAGGAAGACGACGAUGACGAUGAUAACAAGACCUUGCCGAAUAUACGCGCCAAAGCGUCAGUCACCAACAGCAUGUCAGGAUUCGGGGGCCUGGACUUCGAACUCCAAAGGGAGAUGAUGGAGUUGAAGAUGAGUAUGCUCGGGGGAGACGACGAGGGCGAGGAAGAAGAUGAUGAUGAUAAUGACAGUGGGGACGAUCCUAGGGGAAAGAAUCACGGUGACGACGGCGAAGAAACGCAGAUCGAGCGGCUUCCAGGCCUGGUUGAGCGGGUCAUCGCCAUACGAGACGCGGGACAGGAGAUGGGCAAAGACGAGAGAGAGAGGUUCGCAAAGAGGGAGAUUGCAAGGAUCAUGAGCGAGAUGGGAUAA